GCUAGUCUACUGCUGCUCUCUUAUUCCUUCCUCCUCUCUCUCUCUCUCUCUCUCUCUCUCUUUCUCACUCACUGGUUGUUCUUCUAUAUAAGGAACCUGGUGUUGCCUUAUGUUGUCUGGCUUAGACCGGGCUGGUGGAGGACAUGAUGAACAGGCCCCACAUUCCAGCGUUUGGGAGCUGGGACUACUGUGAUGACCUUCCCAUCACGCAGUACUUCGAGUCGGCAAUGCAGGCUGGUUUAGUUCGAGGCCGACCUUUCGGCGAGGAUGCUGAUUUCUUGAAGGUGACAGCGGACACAGUGAAACCCACUCACCACCACCACCACCACCACCACCACCACCAGAGAAAGGUGAAAAAGCCUGGAGAGAGGCAGUACCAGCAGGGGCAGCAGAGAAAGCAAGGGAAGGCGAGCGAUGUGACAGCACAGGCCACGCCCAGGAGGCCCAGAGCUGCCAAGGCGGUGGAUGAGGACCUGUACAAGAUCCCGCCCGAGCUCCUCUACCAGAAGCCCAAGAGGAAGAGGCUGCUGAAGGGCUUGUGGUCGGGCUGCCUGGGACUCCACUGCACUGCGUGAGGGGGGAAGAAGAAGAAGACGAAGAAGGUGGAGGAGCAACGAAGUGAGGUGUAGCGUUUGCGUCGUGCUUUGCCGUUGGUUUUUGGUACACUGUAGAAAUCAGUGGAGGAGAAAGAUAAAUAGUUACAAGAGCGAAUUACCUACUUUACUAUAUGAAUACGGUGUUUGAGAAUCGAAUGGUUUCUUCUCAUUAAGAUC